ACUGAAAGAAAUAAGUUAUGGGAAACUCCGUCUCCACCCACAUUUAUAUUAUAUUUAUACAGUAUAUAUCCAGGGAGAGCUCACUGAUUGUCUUCAACAUGAUCGUCAUCUCUCUGUUCCUGCUGGCCUCUCUGCUGCCUACAAUGACAUGCAGUGCAAAUGUGGAUAUAGUGAACGGCAGGGAAUCAAAACCCCACUCCAGACCUUACAUGGUGUCUGUUCAAGUAAAGGAGCAUCAUAUCUGUAAUGGAUUCCUCAUCUCUGAUAGAUUUGUCAUGACUGCUGCAAGUUGCAGAGAAAAUGCUGAAGUUGUGACGGUUGUGCUAGGUGCACAUGACCUAAAAAAGAGUGAGAAUUCAGUCCGAUACACAGUGGUUUCAUACCAUCAGCAUCCAGACUACACCAUGGGAUCCUUUCAUAAUGACAUCCUGCUUUUGAAGUUAGAAAAAAACGUAAAAUGUAAUGACAAGAUCAAGAGGAUAUCCUUACCAGAAGAAGGAAACGUUAUCGAAGCAGGUUCAGUUUGCAGUGUCGCAGGCUGGGGACGUACUGAAACUAAUGGCAAGGGAAGCGAUGUCCUCAUGGAGACAGAUGUGAAGGUCAUGAAUAACAUGGAAUGUGAAAGUAAAUGGGGGAAGAAACACUUUUCAACUUCACAGAUGAUGUGUGUUCAUGGAGAUGGAGGAAGCUGUGAUAGGGAUUCAGGAGGUCCUUUGGUUUGUGGAGACAGUGCAGUUGGUGUCACAUCUUUUGGUGACCCUGAUCUCUGUAAUUCCCUUGAGAAACCUGAAGUUUAUAUUAAGAUUUCAGCAUAUCUUCCAUGGAUAAAGAACAUUAUUAAGGAAAUAUAAUUGAAGUCAAUUCAAUCUUGCAAAUAAAAUGGGGUGAUUAUUAUUAUUAUUUGGUUGAGUUGAUUUUCCUCCCAAUUGCCUCUUAAUAAAAAUAACAUAUAUUGAU